CCUCAAGGCCCGCAACAUCCUGCUCAAGAGCGGGGGCUGCGGGGACGGCCGCCCCUACGUGGCCAAGGUUGCGGACUUCGGGUUGAGUAUGCGCAUGGACCCGCACGAGACGCACGUGUCCAAUGUCUACCAGGGCACCAUCACGCAUAUGGCGCCCGAGGUGUUGCUGCACGGCAAGGUGUCCAAGAUGAGCGAUGUGUACGCAUUCGCCAUCCUCAUGUGGGAGACCUACACCGGCGGCCAGGCGUUCAAGGGCACCCCCCGCGCGCUGCUGGGCCACGAGAUCACCAAGAUGAACCGCCGCCCGCAGUUUCCGUACGACACACCCUUUGAGUACCAACUGCUCGCCUGCCGCUGCUGGGAGAGCGACCCCACCAUCCGACCCACCUUUGAGCAGAUCAUAGCCGACCUCAGCCGCAUGCGAGCCAAG